AAUUUAAAAGUGUACUACACGAAACCACUUUGGAUUCUAAAUUGAUUAAAAUCAGUCAUAAGAAACUGCGAGUGUCUUCUUUCCCACAAAAUAAGAGGGAAACGGUGCAAUAUUUUGAUUGCCCCCCGACCGGACCAGCGGACGUCAACCCUUCCACCAUCAAAUCCAACAUUUCUCGAACUUUCUACCCUUUUCCUUACGUUUCUCACUUCAAACCCAUUAAAACCCCACCACUCCGCCAUUGCCAUUCAUGUUCACUAAUCCCACCGGAAACCAUACAUACACGCAAUGGCUUUGGAAACUGAGUCUGUCACUCGGGACAAAUUAUCCCUUGCCGAUACUGAGAUCGAUUGGGCCAGGUUGGACAAGACAAGAUUUCAUGUUAUUGGGGCUGUCCUGUUUACCGUACAGCAAGCAUUAAUACAUCCAACAGCGGUUGUUAAAACAAGAAUGCAAGUAGCUGAUUCUCGGUUGGCUCAUAUGCCUGGAAUGGUGGUCUUUAAGGAUAUAUUGAGAAACGAUGGUAUCCCUGGGGUUUUUCGUGGUUUUGGAACUUCUGCUAUUGGAUCAUUGCCCGGUAGGGUUCUGGCUUUGACGUCUCUUGAAAUGUCGAAAGAUAUGAUGUUGAAGUAUACACAAGGUUUGAAUAUGCCUGAAACAACACGUAUUGGUGUUGCUAAUGGUGUGGCAGGAAUGUUUUCGAGCUUGAUUUCUUCCUUGUACUUUGUGCCAUUGGAAGUGAUAUGCCAGAGACUUAUAGUGCAAGGGCUGCCUGGUGCAACAUUUUACAUUGACCCUUUUGAUGUUGCCCGUAAAGUGAUAAAAGCCGAAGGAUUUUGCGGACUGUAUCGAGGUUUCGGAUUAACAGCUUUGACUAACUCGCCGGCAGUUGCACUUUGGUGGGGCGUUUAUGGUGCUGCCCAACGUAUCAUUUGGAGGAGCCUUGGUUAUAGAGAUGACUCAGAGAAGAAGCCCUCUCAUAUGGAGAUGAUGGCCGUACAGGCCACUGCAGGAAUGGUUGCUGGUGCUUGUUCCUCUGUUAUCACCACCCCCAUUGACACUGUAAAGACACGGCUGCAGGUCAUUGAUGAUUAUGGUGUUGCAAGACCAUCAGUACUGAAGACUACAAAGAUACUCUUGAAGGAAGAUGGGUGGUGGGGCUUCUACAGGGGGUUCGGUCCCCGGUUCCUAAAUAUGUCCCUUUAUGGAACUACAAUGAUUGUUACUUAUGAACUGAUAAAGAGGUUGUCUAUAAAGCACAUUUGAUGUUCUUCAACUGAGGAGGCACUAGUUUGAUAUAUUUACUUCUCCAAAUUCGGGGAAUCUGAUCCCACGGACUCCAUUUUUUUUAACAUCAGACAUGGAAUCAAAGGUUGGUUUGUAUUCUUUUGAAUUACUUUCAAUUUUUUUGAGCUGACUUGUCAUUGUAUUGAAAAGAAAAUCAAGCGGAAUGGCAAAUGAUGGCAAUACCACGAGUCUUUGGAAUUUUGAUGAGUUUGACAAUGGAGCUCCAAAUGAUGGCAUUAAUAUUAUAUCUGUUAGAUCUAGUAUUAUAAUUUUUUUUUGUAUAUUUGUAUUUUUUGAAUAAAUUAGUUUAAUAAAAAUAUUUAUUAAUUACAUUAAUUCCUUUUA